AAAAAAAAAAAAGCCUUGUAAGUUUUAUCGUCUUUCUUUCCGGCCUGAGAACAAAACCCCAUCAUAAACCCUGAAAACAAACACCCGCUCCAAGCUCUCGCCCCUCAAAAAUGAGCAGAAGGCGGUUGAAAACUCUCCUCUGGCAAUCAAUUUCCACCGUAUCUUCGUCACCUCUGAAGUCCAACCCCUUUUUCUCCACAAACCCAUCACACCCAUUCCCUUCUCCAUUCAAAUCCCACCAAAGUCUAAAACUUUGCUUCCCCAGAUUGCUUUGCACUUCGUCGGAGGACAAUCUCGAUGGUCUGGUCGAUCCCAACGACUUGUGCAAGCCGGAGAGUUCCGGAGUUGAGUCUAUUUCGGAAGAGGAAUUAGCCUCUCUGCGCGAUUCGGUGUUGGAUACCAGUGCUGGUGGUGGGUCUUCGAUGCCAAAAUUUGAAUCAGCUAAGUUUUCUAACAAUGCCAUUUUGAUUUCGAAUGCUAUGAGGAAUAAUAUUGAUGAGUUUGAUGACAAAACCCAGAAGUUUCUUAGGCAGUUUAGGGAUAAUCUGAAUGAAACUCUGGUGGUGGAGGUGUUGAAGCUUAUACAAAAUCCUGCAUUGGGUGUGAAAUUUUUCAUAUGGGCAGGUAGACAAAUUGGGUAUAGUCACACUGCUUCCGUGUACAACACAUUGUUAGAGUUAUUGGAGUGUGGUAAUAAGAGGGUAGCAGAUCAUUUUCUGCAAGAAAUUAAGGGUGAUGAUAGAGAGGUGCUGUGGAAGUUGCUUAAUGUGUUAAUUCGGAAUUACUGCCGAAAUGGGUUGUGGAAUGUAGCUUUGGAAGAGCUGGGGAGGCUUAAGGAUUUCGGAUACAAGCCAACUCCAGCAACAUACAAUGCUUUAGUUCAAGUGUUUCUAGAAGUAGAUAAGUUGGACACAGCACACUUGGUCCAUGUGGAGAUGUUGGAUUCAGGGUUUAAGAUGGAUGAGUAUACAUUUGGUUCAUUUGUUCACGCCCUUUGCAAAGCUGGGAGGUGGAAGGAAGCUCUCACAUUGGUUGAGAAGGAAGAGUUUGUGCCCAAUACUAUUCUUUACACGAAGAUGAUAUCUGGGUUGUGUGAAGCUUCACUUUUUGAGGAAGCUAUGGAUUUUUUGAACAGAAUGCGAUGUGAUUCUUGCAUUCCUAAUGUUAUGACCUAUAGGACUUUGCUUUGUGGGUGUUUGAAGAAAAAACAGCUCGGUAGGUGCAAGAGAAUUCUUAGUAUGAUGAUCACAGAAGGUUGUUAUCCAAGCCCUCAGAUAUUUAGUUCGCUUGUACAUGCUUAUUGCAGGUCCGGAGAGUACUCUUAUGCUUAUAAGUUGCUUAAGAAAAUGGUAAGAUGUGAGUGCCAGCCAGGCUACGUGGUUUACAAUAUCUUGAUUGGUGGUAUAUGUGGAAACAGGGAGUCACCAAGCCCAGAUAUGUUAGAUUUGGCUGAAAAAGCUUAUGGUGAGAUGCUUGAUGCAGGGGUUGUGCUAAGUAAGGUCAAUGUGAGCAAUUUUGCAUGGUGUCUUUGCGGUGCCGGAAAAUUUGAGAAAGCCUAUAAGGUUAUCAGCGAAAUGAUGAGCAAGGGUUUUGUUCCUGACACUAGUACAUAUGCGAAUGUUAUUGGCUUUUUGUGUAAUGCCUCCAAGGUAGAACAAGCAUUUUUGUUGUUUAAAGAAAUGAAAAGGAAUAGUAUUGUUCCUGAUGUCUAUACCUAUACUAUUUUAAUUGAUAGUUUUUGUAAAGCUGGCCUUAUUGAACAAUCUCGGAGCUGGUUUAAUGAAAUGAUACGAAAUGGUUGUGCUCCAAACGUGGUGACAUAUACUGCUCUUAUACAUGCAUACCUUAAGGCAAAGAAGGUGUCUGAUGCUGAUCAACUCUUUGAGAUGAUGUUGACUGAAUGUUGCAGUCCUAAUGUUAUUACUUAUACUGCUUUAAUUGAUGGUCUUAAAGCUGGUAGAAUUGAAAAGGCUUGCCAGAUAUAUGAGAGAAUGAGAGGUAAUAUGGACGUCCCUGAUGUUGAUAAGUAUUUUGGAAGUGAUGAUCAGAGUAUUAGCAAACCUAAUGUCUAUACUUAUGGGGCUUUGGUGGAUGGUUUAUGCAAAGCACACAAGGUUAAAGAGGCCCGUGAUUUAUUGCAUGCUAUGUCAGAAGAAGGUUGUGAACCUAACCAUAUUAUUUAUGAUGCUCUUAUAGAUGGAUUUUGCAAGUAUGGGAAGCUAGAUGAAGCACAAGAGGUGUUUGCUAAGAUGUCAGAGCAAGGGUACAGUCCAAAUGUGUAUACGUACAGUUCUUUGAUUGAUAGGUUGUUUAAGGAUAAAAGACUGGAUCUCGCUUUAAAAGUCUUGUCCAAAAUGUUAGAAAACUCUUGUGCACCAAAUGUUGUUAUCUACACAGAGAUGAUUGAUGCCCUGUGUAAAGUUGGAAAAACAGAUGAAGCCUAUAAACUUAUGCUGAUGAUGGAAGAAAAAGGGUGUUAUCCAAAUGUUGUGACUUAUACUGCAAUGAUAUAUGGCUUUGGGAAAGCAGGUAAUAUCGAAAAGUGUCUUGAGCUUUUUAAACAAAUGAGCUCUAAGGGUUGUGCUCCAAAUUUUAUUACCUAUGGGGUUUUGAUAAAUCAUUGCUGUUCAACUGGACUACUGGAUGAAGCUCGUAAGCUUUUGGAUGAAAUGAAACAAACGCAUUGGCCUAAGUAUAUGGCAGGCUACCGUAAGGUUAUUGAAGGUUACAAUAGAGAGUUCAUGACCUCUCUUGGGCUUUUAAACGAGAUGAGUGAAUGCGACACAGUGCCAAUUACUCACAUAUACAAAGUUCUGAUUGAUAAUUUUGUAAAGGCUGGAAGGUUGGAAAUGGCUCUUGAGCUGCUUGAAGAGAUUUCAUCAUCUUCACCGUUUACAUGUGUGAACAAGAAUAUGUACACUUCAUUGAUUGAGAGUCUUUCACAUGCAAAUAAGGUCAGUAAGGCACUGGAGAUGUUUGGAGACAUGAUGAGGCAUGGUGGUUUUCCAGAGCUGGAUACAUUCUUUCAUCUUAUUAAAGGGCUUAUUAAAGCUAACAAGUGGGAUGAAGCUCUUCAACUAUCAGAUAGCAUAUGCCACAUGGAUAUCCAUUGGCAUAUGCAAGAAGAGACAUCUGACAGAAAUUAGUGUGUUUUCUAGACCAUCGUUGUUUGUUACUCAUGCACCAUCUGCUGACUCACUGGACCUGGUGACCUGGUUGACGGUUCUGUGGAGGAGUGGACCGCAUUUCUAUCAGAGUCCGUGUGCAAGCAUAUGCAACAUGAGGAUGUGAAUGACUAUUGCUUGCUUAAUGAAGUGACUACAUUUUUACUUCACUUUGUGAAGCGGCUAGAAAUUCAAGAAAACUGGAACUUUUAUCUCCUACCUAUUCAAAGGAGUAUCAUCUCACAUUCCCUAAAUUGUAUCCAUACAACAUAGUUUCGAUGUUCUGCCCCAAGGCUUUCAGAUGAUGCUGCUUAAUGAGAUUAUGCAGCAGGUCUCUGCUGCUAGAAUUUAUUUACUGCUCCAAAGCCUUUCAUGGUGAAUCGUCAAAAGGUUGGUGACGUGGAAUUUAGUUCACGGGAAGUUGUAUUUGAUUUCCAAUCAAUCAUGUCAAGGCAUUAUACAGAUGCAAGAAGCCCCAGAUAAACUUCCUCGUAAUGACAAACGAUGCCAGAAAAGUAUGUCUGGGAUUUGCUGUCACAAGCUUCCUACUUGUUAACCUUGAGGAUAGUCGUUGAUCAACAAACAAAAUACUGUGCUUGAAUUUAUGAAGUAAGUCAGUGCAUCUAACCAACAUGAGGAAACUAUUCAACAACAUUUCGAGUCAUCUUGAAUUUCGGUUUUCAUGUACGAGGUGAUUGCAAGGGAAAAGGUAGGACAUGGUUCGAGUCACACUAGCAGCAGCAGCAGCAUACCCAUUUUGGAGAAUGUGAACAGAUAAACUCCUCUCCAUAGUCGGUCCACCAUUGCACUGUUUUGGGAAAACAUGGAAAAUGUUGAAACACCCUUUUGACAAAAUUUGGUUGUGGUGCUCUUCUGGUUGCGGGUUUGUAAUUUUUGUGCUACGAUGUCUUGGCUGAAUUGUGACCACUUGGUCAUUUUCUCUAGUGUUGCUGGCUUGGUGCUCUUCUUUCGGACAAUGUUCAGCUAUCUUCGACCACUCGCUUGUACGAAUGUUGUACGUGACCAAGUUUUCUUUUACACAUAAAUACAAGAUAUCGUUGUUAUUUGGAUCCAAA